AUGGGGAACAAGGUUGAAGGAGAAAAGAAGAAAAAGAUCAUGGAUGAAGAAGAACAAAGGCAUCAUGAUCAACAACAUAGGCCCCUUCUAGGGCACCAUCAUGAUCAACAACAUCAACCUCUUCUAUGUGAUUCAACAUCAAACCUCACAAGUCCUCGUAGAAAAAGAGUACCUGACCCUAACUUAAUACAACAAGUCAUUAGCCAGACAUUUCGAAGCACAGCUCAUUUGGCCAAUCUCCUCCCCACAGGAACAGUUCUUGCAUUCCAACUUCUAUCUCCCAUCUUCAGUAACCAAGGUUACUGUGAUGAUGCCAGCCAGUUCAUGACAGCAGGCCUUGUGAUCCUUUGUGGUCUAUCUUGCUUUCUAUCUUCCUAUACUGAUAGUUACAGGGAUGAUAAAGGAGCAGUUCAUUUUGGAAUAGCUACCUUCAGAGGAUUAUGGAUCAUUGAUGGGUCUAUCACUGUUCCUCUUGAUCAGGCUUCAGAAUUUCGGCUUAAGUUCAUUGAUUUCUUACAUGCCUUCAUGUCAACACUGGUGUUUGCUGCUAUUGCACUGUUGGAUCAGAAUGUGGAGAAUUGUUUCUACCCAACACCAUCAGAUGAAACAAUGGAAGUCCUCACAGCAUUACCAGUUGGGAUUGGUCUCAUUGGAAGUGCAUUUUUCAUUACUUUCCCUACCACUCGUCAUGGUCUUGGCUUCCCUCUCUCUCCUCGCUAA